GAGCAAGCGCACAUUGUACGCGGGUAAAAGAAAGAGGGAACGCGUGAAAAGAUGGCAUCAGGAUCCAAGAAAAACAUUUCGAUCGCUUUGCUGGUCGCAGACACGCCGCCGGAACCGGUGGUGGCCGCUUACGGCGAUUACGAGAAGAUCUACAAGAACUUCCUCCAGCAGUCUGCAAACACCGUGAAGCGUCAUAGAUGGCAAGAGAGCCUCGACCUGCGAAUACGGCCGUUCGAUGUCGUGCACAAGCAGGAAUACCCGGAUGAAGGGCAGCUAUCGGACGGCCUAUGGGAUGCCAUCAUGAUCACUGGCUCCGCUUCUAGUGCUCACGCAGACGUUCCCUGGAGCAACAAGCUGGUCCAAUUUGUGGCCAAGAUCGCAGAGGAGCACCCGCUCGUGCGCAUUAUCGGUAUCUGUUACGGGCAUCAGAUUGUCGGCCGUGCAUUCGGCGCAGAAGUUAAGUUGAACCCGAGAGGGUGGGAGGUGGGAGUGUACGAUGCGCAGAUGACUGAAGAGGGCAAGGAGUUGUUGAAUUGGGAGCCGGAAGAGUCAAGCUGCCUUCGGCUGCAGCAAGUCCACCGUGAUGAGGUCAUAGAACUCCCGCCCGAUUUCAACGGAGAGGAGUUCAUCAACUUGGCGUCCACGGCUCGCACUCCUAUCCAAGGCAUUGCGUUGCGCUACCCAACAGAAUGUCCACCAAUUCCGAGCGUAGUGAACACCUCUGCUUACCUCGCCUUCGACAUCUCGGACAGCGGGAUAUCGUCGUCCGGGCCAUUGCCGGCACGCUCGCUGCACGUCCUCACUACCCAAGGCCAUCCGGAGUUUAACCGGGAAAUCGUGGAGCUGAUCAUGUCAGUCAAGACCGAGAUGGGUGCCAUCACGGGCAAUCUGCUCGAGGAAGGUCUGCAAAAUGCGCAAAAGGAACACGAUGGUCUCCGAAUGGGGGCCAUCUUCCUCGCAAUGCUAGGAUACGAGAGAGCCAAAGACGAAGGGGGUCACUCAUUUUAGCCGAGCGCCCCACAGCAUGCGAGCUUGCAGCAUCUGUGCAUUGCUCGAUGGUAGAUUAAUUCAUUCCUGAGUCAACCAAAUUUUUAUAGGAAACCAAGGGGACAUUUGCUUC